CAAAUAAGUUAAAAAAAUAAAAAAGCUAAAAUCUAAAGAAGCUAUUUCAGUUUCGGAACUGAAGAGAGGAAAAAAAAUAAAAAAAAAAAUAAAAUCGCACACAGAGACGCACGAGUCUUUCUCCAGCCAUGAGUCUCUUCGGUUUGGGCAGAAAUCAGAGGACAUUUCGCCCAAAAAAGAGUGCACCUUCAGGGAGUAAGGGUGCACAGCUUCGGAAACAUAUUGAUGCCACCCUAGGUAGUGGAAACCUGAGGGAAGCAGUAAGGCUUCCUCCUGGAGAGGAUCUAAAUGAGUGGCUUGCUGUCAACACUGUGGAUUUCUUCAACCAGGUAAAUCUGCUCUACGGAACCCUAACAGAAUUCUGUACUGCUGAGAACUGCCCUACAAUGACUGCAGGCCCCAAGUAUGAAUAUAGAUGGGCAGAUGGUGUACAAAUAAAAAAACCUAUUGAGGUUUCUGCUCCAAAAUAUGUGGAAUAUUUGAUGGACUGGAUUGAGUCUCAACUUGAUGAUGAAUCCUUAUUUCCUCAAAAGCUUGGAGCUCCUUUUCCUCCUAACUUCAAGGAGGUUGUGAAGACAAUAUUCAAAAGAUUAUUCCGAGUAUAUGCCCACAUUUAUCACUCUCACUUCCAGAAAAUUGUGAGCCUCAAGGAAGAAGCUCAUCUCAACACAUGCUUCAAGCACUUCAUACUAUUUACCUGUGAAUUUGGUCUAAUUGACAAGAAGGAGCUUGCUCCACUUCAGGAGCUUAUAGAUUCCAUUAUCAUUCCAUACUGAACACUGAACAUGGGUUUGGCAUAUCCUGAAAAAAACGAUUUUAUUUUUAGGGAUAUGUAAUAAAGUUAAAUAAAGACUUUUAUUUGACUUAAUCGUUGCUAACACUGCUCAAUAUUAUAAAUUCCUCUGAAUUUUGCUGUAUUCCUUA